CUAUCCAAUGCGCACGCGCACAAUAUAAAAAUACCAAAGAAUAGUUGUAGAAAUAGGAAAAGGAUUCGCUCUUUAAAUCUAGUGAUUUUGUCAAAUUUGUAAAUUUAAAUGUAAUUAUUCGCUAUUAAUUGCAUCUAUAAUAUAGAUUAUUGAAUAAAAUAUUGUUGACACUAUAUCUAUACAUGGUCAAGAUGAGACAUUCCGUGACUUGCCGACAAUUUCUCUCCUAACCUCUUUAAAGUGUCAUGCUCUUUUGCAAUAGUGCUGGCUCAAAAUAAAUUCAUGUGCUAAGUUUAAAUUGGAGCAAGACAUUUUCAUAAAAACGAAGGAGAUAUCACGUUUCUGCGAACAUUCAUAAGAUAUAAUUCGUAUAAACUUUCCUGUUUAAAAUCGCUCAAUAUGUCAAAUAUACAUACAGUAAACAGUAUCGUUAGCAACAGAAAUCGCGAUUGUCUCGAAUGUAGACUAUUGAGUGGCGGUGGUCUUGUCGCCGCUGGUUUAUACGUCUGUCAUCAUUCCAAACAGCAUCAGAAUCAAAUGGGGAAAGUAGCAAUGUAUUCGAUUGCCUCUGUGUUAGUACUGCUUGGCACGGCUAGAAUUUUGGACUUACCACCUUUUCAAAAUAAAUUCAAGCGGAGCUGAGUAAUAAAUCACUUGAGCAAGUAUAAAAUCCACAGUAUUUAUAAUGAUUGUGAAUGUAAUGCAUAUUUAUAUAUGCUUUUUCAUAUACCUUAUAUUUUAUAUACAUAUAAGUGGGGGAAUGCUGUUUACUUUAGAUAAAUUCAGAUACAAUGUUUAUUGAAAAGUU